AUGUCUACUACCGCCUUCCUCGAUGGCGACUUGAUGUCUGCUGCAGCGCAACGCAAGGUCGCCCGUAGCGCUCGAAUUUCAAGCUGGGAUCAAUCCGGCUUGAAUGAGGACGCCUUUAUAGUCCAACCAGGCGAGACAGCCACAUUGUGUGACAUCGAAGGCCCUGGCAAAAUCACCCAUCUGUGGUUUGUGCAGGCCUGCCGCCGCAUCCUGGGUCCCGGAUUGAUCCCAUACUCGAAGUCCGGCGUUGCGAUGAUGGAGAUCCACAACGCCCUGGGUCUGAACUUCGAAGACAAUGAUCCAGAUUAUUACCGCAAGGUAAUCAUCAAGAUGUACUGGGACGACUCCGAGACACCCAACGUACUUGCGCCAAUCGGUGACUUCUUCUGCUUGGGACAUUCUAUGGCGGCGAAUUUCCAAUCUAUGCCAUUUACCGUCAGUGUCAAGCCGUCGGAAGAGAAGAAAUUCGGCGGAAACGCCGCCUUUAACUGCUAUGUCCCUAUGCCGUUCAACAAGCGGGCGAGAAUCGAGAUCGAGAAUCAAGGCGAGAACGCAUAUAUCCAAUACUUCUACAUCGACUACGAGCUUCGCCCGGCGCCAUUCGACCCGUCAGAGAUCCUCUACUUCCAUGCCCACUGGCGACGAGAAAACCCAACAAAAGGCUGGGCACCAGAUGAUGUGCAGACGAACAGCCUUGAAACUCAAGUGCCUGCCCUAGACGGCAAAGGCAAUUACACCAUCCUCGAGACCGAGGGAGCAGGGGCCUACAUCGGAUGCAACCACUCUGUGCUGCAUUUCCAAAACACCUGGUGGGGCGAAGGCGAUGACAUGAUCUUCAUCGACGACGACAAAUGGCCUCCCAGCAUGCACGGUACUGGCGGCGAAGACUACUUCAGUCAGGGAUGGGGCAUGCAGAAGAAUGCGUAUCCAUUCGCGGGGACUAUCAUUCAUGAGGAUGACGUACCGGGCUACCAGGUCUCGUACCGUUGGCACUUGCCUGAUCCUGUACGCUUCAACUCGAAAAUCAAGGUGACCCUAGAACAUGGUCAUGCAAACCACCUUCGAGAUGACUGGUCGUCCACCGCGUACUGGUAUCAGACGCUGCCUGGCCCAAAGUUGGACAUCCUCCCCGUGGAUGAGCGAUUGCCGACGAAACCGGAGAUCAAACAGCCAGAAUCUCCUGCUCCACAGAACUUGACCCAGCUGCAGAUAGCGAAUAUCAAACAGCGAGACGAGAGGAUGAAGGCAUUCGUUGAGGACCGAAAUAAGUGGCUUGAAAGGAGAGCUAUCGCAAGCAGAGAAAGGGCACGGAACAACAUUGAGAUUGCAAAGGACAUCAAGAGAAGAUUCAUGGAAAGCUUAAAAGAGUGA